AUGAUGCAGCGAUUGUGGGAGCUCGGUUGUGACUGGGACGAACCGAUUCCAACAGCCUUGGAAAAAGAUUGGAGUGCUUUUCUACGAGAACUUCCAAUCAUCGAAAGACUUCGCAUCCCGCGGUGGACCCACAUGAGCAAGACCAACAAGGCAAUCGAAUUGCACGGGUUUUGCGACGCUUCGAUGAAAGCUUAUGGUGCAGCAGUCUACAUCCGUGUUCUGGACAGCGAUGACAACAUCCAUGUACAUUUGCUUUUGUCAAAGACGAAAGUAGCACCAAGUCAACGAACUAUCACUCUUCCACGUCUUGAACUGUGUGGUACUGUUGUAUUAGCCCAGUUGAUGCAAUACACAAAGGACGUUUUGGCCAUUCCCGAUGUAAAAAUGUAUGCUUGGACGGACUCUACAAUUGCACUUGCCUGGAUACGCGCCACUCCCGCCAAAUGGACCACAUUUGUUUCCAACCGUGUGUCGGAAAUCCAGCGAUUAGUGGGGAUCGAUUGCUGGGGACAUGUCGCAACACUUCAUAACCCAGCCGAUCUGGCGUCCAGGGGUGUGUUUCCAUCUGAAUUGGAGUUAUUAGAAGUUUGGUGGACCGGUCCGGAAUACUUACGGCUAUAUUGGGAUUUCGAGGUCCCGCAUCAACCAAUUGAAAUCGACACCGAAGAAGAGAAGCGCACUGUAAACGUACUUACCAUACAGGUAGACUACAACGACUGUUUCUUGCAAGCGAUUUACAACUGUUCGAGUCUACUCAAAGUUGUACGAGUCAUCGCUUACUGUUAUCGCUUUACCAUAAAAUGUCAACCGAAGUUGGGGCCUAUUAAAGGUCCACUAAGUCCCAGAGAAUUAGAAGCAGCGCUACUGAUCGUCGUCAAAACAGCACAAAAGGAUAUGUUCAAGAACGAGAUUCAACAAAUUUUAGAAAACAAGAUUCCCAAAACCUUACGAUCGUUAAACGCAUUCAUCGAUGUUAAUGGGAUCUUACGUGUAGGGGGACGUUUGGAGAACUCCCUCCUUUCUUAUGAUGCUCAACAUCAUUUUACAACCUUAGUUGUCAGAGAUGCCCACAAGAACACUCUUCAUGGGGGCAUCCAACAAAUGAUAAUGUACAUUCGUCAAAAAUACUGGAUUGGACAAAUAAGAAGAAGUGUCUGCAUAGAUGUUCUUCUUGCUUCCGGCAAAAGGCAUCCGAAAUGCAACAACUAA